AUGAGAGGCUAUUUGCUGUAUAAUCCAAACAAUGAUAAAUUCUUUUCCAUUAAAGAAAUUCUUAAAUACUAUUAUACUCGAACAAUUAUUCAUGCAAUUUUAACAAAACAAUUGACUGAUGAAGAUAUCAAUUUAAUUGCAGAAUUUAUCAAAGACAAACUUUUUUCUGAAAAUGGCAGGAAUCCAAAAGCCCUUUUCAAUUGUUUCGAUUUAAGGGCGGUUUUCAUGAGGGAAGAGAUCUAUAAUGCUUUUGACAUAUAUACUUUGAUAGAAUUCGCAUUAAAUCUUAAAAAAUUUGAUGUAAUUUCUGUGAAAGUUUUGAAUCACUUAAUUACAAGGAAAUUUGAAGACCAAGACAAAGCAUUUUUAUUCAUUUUGCUUCCAAUAAAUAAAGAAGUAUAUAAUUACAUAAUUUUCCGGAGAGAAAUAAUCAAUGAUUCUUGUUUGAUUCUUUAUUCAAUCAGAUCAAAUACUCAAAUUGUUGAGAAAGGAACUCCACUUGAAGAUCCCUAUGUAGAGGAGCUAUUCCAAUUAGAUGUGAAAUUUAAUUAUGAAAUAUUAUUUGAUUAUAAAGUUACAAAACGUGCACUAACAAAGUCAUUGAUGGCAUCUAUUCAUGCAAAAAACAUUGAUGCGGUUAAUUUCCUUAUUUCAAAAGGUGUACCUGUAAAUAUUAUAAUCGACUCACAAACUCCUCUUCAAUAUUCAAUUAGUCAGAGUUUUAUUCCAGGAAUUGAAGCACUUUUGAAUCAUGGAGCAUCUCUUGAAUUCAAUGGAACUCAAACUGCAGCAGUUUGUGCAGAAAUUUCCCAAAAUGCCGAUAUCAUUAAGCUUAUUUGCAGCAAAAUCAACAUUAAAUAUGAAUGUCUUUUCUCAGACAUCAGAAAGAUUCAUGUCAGCAAAAUAAAUCAAUCCAGCAUUCCACCUCUGAAAGAAGACAUCAUUAAAAGUGUCAAUAUCAUCAACUCCAAUAAGCAAUCAUCAUUUGGUUUAUCUCUUAAUUUUAUCAAUAAUAAUAAUAAUAGCUUCCCCGAUGAGAUUAUAUUUGGAAUGUUCAGAAAUCUUGUCAUAGGAAAACGAGAUAAUACUAAUCUCUUCAAUACUAUCAAGAGUGAAAUGCUUAUUGGAAAAACAUUUAAUAAUCCAUUAAGGAUCAUUACUAUGUUUGCACCAGUUGAUUUAACAUCUAUUCAGCAUCUCUUUGCUCAUCAAAUGAAAGAAGAGAUGGAGUUCCAGUCCAAACUCGUCAAGAAGUAUGGAACUUUAUCUUGA